AUGGUAGCAUGGACGCAAAGAUGGGCUCCACUAUUGCUCGAAGUAGUCCCGGCCCGGCGAGUAAUCAGCCGGCAUCUCGUCACAUUAGAUAUAAAAGUUUUUCGAGUCGUCUCAAGGAGAGGUUUCCGGACAACGAACCGACUACUCAAAAAAAAGUUAUCCCCAAAACAAAGCGAUCUAGUUGUGUUUGAAAUGAAAAAAAAGAUCUUCUGCGAGGGAUCACUUCUCGAUGCCGUACAACGUGCAAAUCUAUUCGCCGACUGCAAACACUUCGUGGAUAUGCCACUCAAACAGGACGCUGAAACCACUCUAGUUCGCUGGGAAGCCCUAAGAGCAACCGGACCAGUGAGUGUUGAGCGUCUUCGACAAUUUGUCGACGAAUUUUUCGAUCAACCCGAAGAGGAGCUGGUGGAGUGUGAACCAGCUGAUUGGGAACCAACGGACGACGCUUUCCACUCGAUCAAGGACUCGAAAUACCGUGACUUUGCCAUAGCUCUACAUAAGAAGUGGCCAACGCUCUACAGAAAGAUCUCCGAUAGUGUGCGAAUUAGGCCAGAGAGAUACUCGAUCAUACCAGUACCGAAUCCUUUUGUGGUACCUGGUGGAAGGUUUCGAGAAAUUUAUUACUGGGAUAGCUUCUUCAUCAUUAAAGGACUCUUGGCUUCCCGCAUGUAUGCUACCGUACGUGGAAUGAUAGAAAAUAUGCAGUAUCUCAUAGAAGAGUUCGGAUUUGUACCGAAUGGAAAUCGCAUAUACUAUCUCAACCGUUCACAGCCACCAGUACUGACAUGGUGUGUACACGCAUACUACAUGGCUACCAAUGACCUUGAUUUCGUCGAGAAGCUUCUACCAACAUUGCGCAAAGAGAUGGCUUUUUUCCAAACAAACAGAUCGAUUAUUAUGGAGGGAUGGCCGGGUCCUCUUUAUCGCUACCGUGUUGUUGUAAACUCACCUCGUCCAGAAAGCUAUCGUGAGGACAUCAAAAGUGCUGAACACUUGCAUGAAGAAAUUGACAAACAGAAACUAUGGGGCGACAUCGCAGCCGCUGCUGAAAGUGGGCGAGAUUUCUCUAGUAGGUGGUUUAGCCAUUCAGGACCAAUGGCUGGAAAACUUGAAGGAACGAGGACCAGUGAAAUUGUGCCGGUAGACUUGAACGCCAUAAUUUGCGGAAAUCUACAGUUGAUGGGUGAUCUUUACGACGCCAUUGGUGAUAUCGAAGGAUCCAAAUGGUGCGCCCAAUCCGCAGAUUUGAUGAAGCAAACUAUUUACCAGGUGCUCUGGAAUGAGACAGCCGGCUGCUGGUUUGACUACGAUAUCCCAAAUGAUAAACACUUACGUAUGUUUAGUGACACCAAUUUCUUCCCAAUGUUCACCAGAGCUACCCACUCCGGAUUUAAAGCCGAAAGAGUGGUGAAUUAUCUGCGCAUAACCGGUGUUCUAGAUUUCCCGGGGGGUGUACCAAGCUCCCUAGUCGCAAGUGGACAACAAUGGGAUUUUCCGAACGCAUGGGCGCCGACGAUGUGGAUACUUAUCGAAGGGCUCAGACGGAACGAUCAGCACGAAGUGGCUCUCCAAAUAACAGAGAAAUGGGUGCGGAAGAAUUUCAAUAUGUGGCGUGCAAGUGGAGGAAAAAUGUACGAAAAGUAUAAUGUAGUGUCCGCAUGCUACAAGAUCAUCGGUGGAGGUGGCGAGUAUGAUUUGCAAGAAGGUUUCGGAUGGACCAAUGGAGUCCUGCUUGACUUACUUGUUACAUAUGGUAAUGAGCUGACAUGGAGCGCAGAUGAAGAAUGCCGAUGUUGUGUACUCGACUGUAUUUGCCUUGUUUGA